AGUUAGCUUCUCAGCUCUGACAACUAAAACCAGCAACCUCAGUAAAAGACCAAAGCGCUCUUUGAUAUGUCAGCUACAUUGCAAGGUUCAUUACUACUCGUUUGUCCCACCUAGCCCCAUUUAUGUUACCUAGUCAUUUACGCCCUGAAGUUCACCUAUAAAAAAGUUUCAUUCUUGUUCUCUCUUUCCAACUUCUCUCCUCCAUAAGAAUUUAAAAAAAAAAAUUAAUGGCUACUACUUUCUCAAUUUCACCUUCUGCAUACCUCGUGAGAUGCUGUUCCUCCAUGAGAGAAAACCAUGACCAGCGUAAGCAGCUAAACAGCAGCAUCAGGAUUAAUGGGACUUCUAAAUCCCCAGUAAAGGUUGAUUCACUCAGCCAAACAGCUGAAGCAGCAGUUAUUUCUGUUGCUCAAAAUGGGCUACGCCAGAACAUUCCAACAAAGAAGCAGCUUGUUGAUCCUCAUCGUCAAGGGCUCAUCGUCGAAGGUGGAGUUGGCUACAGACAGACAGUGGUCAUCAGGUCCUAUGAAGUUGGCCCUGACAAAACUGCGACACUUGAGAGCAUCCUCAAUCUUCUUCAGGAGACAGCAUUAAACCAUGUAUGGAUGUCUGGACUGCUGAGUGACGGAUUUGGGGCAACCCACGGAAUGAUGAGGAACAAUCUUAUCUGGGUUGUCUCGAGAAUGCAAGUUCUGGUUGAUUACUACCCUGUCUGGGGGGAGGUAGUUGAAAUUGACACAUGGGUUGGAGCAUCAGGUAAAAAUGGAAUGCGGCGGGACUGGCUGAUAAGAAGUCAAGCCACAGGCCGUGUUUUCGCUCGAGCAACAAGUACGUGGGUGAUGAUGAACCGAACGACAAGGCGCCUCUCAAAGAUCCCAGAUGAGGUGAGGGAUGAAGUUUCCCCUUGGUUCAUAGAGAAGCAAGCAAUAAAUGAAGACACCCAUGAAAAAAUUCUCAAGUUGAACAAAGAGGCAAAGUAUAUGAUCUCAGAUCUCAAGGUAUGGCCAUUUUCUGCUUCGCCUUCAAUUUCUUACCAAAGCACACACACGCUGACUGCAACGCCUCCGUUGAUGCAGCCAAAGAGGAGUGAUUUGGACAUGAACCACCAUGUCAACAAUGUGAAGUACGUAAAAUGGAUGCUAGAGGCCAUCCCAGACCAAAUCCUAGAGAGCUACCAAUUAUCAGGAAUCACACUUGAGUACAGAAGGGAAUGUGGAAGCUCAGAUACAGUUCAGUCACUGUGUGAUCUCGAAGAAGAUGAAAUACUUCAUGAUGUGGAGAAACAAGAUUACAAUUCAAAUCUGUUCAGCUUGGCGUCAGAGAUUAUCAAGGAAGGUGGAUUACUGGGAUGCCUCGAGCAGAGACCCAUUAGGUUUACGCAUCUUCUACAAGCCAAAGGACAGAAGCAAGAUCAAGAAAUUGUGAGAGGAAGAACAACAUGGAAGAGGAAGCUCCCUUCAAUGCCAUUUUCCACCCAGUAAUAUAUCAUCUACGUAGAAAUUGCCACGGAUAAGCGACGACGGUGUAUAUUAUUGUGUGAAUCUCCCAAGAAAUUCUUGGCAAAGAGGGGAAAAUUCCUUGAAAAACCGGAUGUGGCAUUUUAACUCGAAGUUGAAAUUGUGUAUGACAUCACUCUCUUGUAAGAGCUUUUAUUAUAAAUAUAAUUAUAAGCCAAAUUUAAAACGCA